AUGUUCUCUAUUUCGAUCUUUCGUUCAACAAGUUAUUAUUUAUUUGUUAAUCCAUGUAUUCAACAAUUAUUUAAUUCAAUUAAUAAACCAUUAUCAAAUAAACAAACAUUAAUUGAUCCAAAUCCACCUUUAGUUGGUCAAGCUAUUGAAAUAAAAGAAUAUUUAAGACAAAAUUCAAUAUCAUUUGAUGAAUCAUGGACAUGUAUUAAAGCAUUAUGUUGUCAAAGUUCAAAUAGACUAUCAGGAGUAAUUCAUAUUGAAAAAGAACGAGGUGAUUUUGCUUGUUUGAAAUGUUCAACAAAUGGUACUUGGAUAGAUUUUAAAACUCAAUGGCAACAUUUUAAAACAAGAACAUAUUGUCCUAAAGCAAAUACAUCAUCAAUUCUAUUAUCUGAUAAAGAACUUGAAAUUUGGGAACAAUCAAAAACGAUUGAAGAUAACGAUAAAGAAUUUAUUGAUACUAUUCUAUCAAGAUAUGGAUUUACUGAGGAAUAUACAAUAUCAAUGACAACUCUUCAACGAUAUGGUAUUCGACUUUAUCAAGAUCAACUUAUUGCACCAUUACAUGAUACUGAACGAUCAAUUGUUAAUAUUGUUGUUCUUGAUCCAAUGUCUUAUUCUGAUACUAAACCAAUAAAACUUCCUGCACCAUUUGGUUUAAAUCUUCUUUCAUCACGAAAUGCUGAAAUAAUUCUUGUUGAUUCAAUUUGGGAUGCUUUAUGUGUUUAUCAAGUAACUGGUAAAAAAGCAAUUGCUCUUCCUAGUGCAAAAUUUUCUAUACAAAUGAAUAUGAUAUUUGAACAUUUACGUAAAAUUCAUAUAUGGUAUUGGAAUGAUAAAGCACUUGCUUUUCGUUUAGCUAAUGUACUUAAUCCACAUCGAUGUUUUAUGAUAACUUAUCCAAUGAAUGCAUAUACAGCAUUUAAAUCUGGUCAUAGUUUAAAAACAAUAGUUAAUGAAAGUUUUGCUGUGAUUAAUAAAUGUAUUGAACAAUUUGAUACAUUUCGUGAUUUAAUACGUGAUGAAUUACUUCAAAGAACACGUUUUGCUGGAUUACAAUGGCAACGAUUUCCUAUGUUAACGCAAAUUCUUAAAGGCCAUCGAGCUGGUGAAUUAACAGUUCUUACUGGAUCAACUGGUUGUGGUAAAACUACAUUUUUAAGUGAAUAUUCACUUGAUUUAUGUCUGCAAGGGCUAUCAACUCUAUUCGGAAGUUUUGAAAUUCAAACACAUCGUCUUGCUAAAGUGAUGUUAACACAGUAUUCCGGUUUAAAUUUAUCUAAACAUAUGGAUGUAUUUGAUAAAUUUGCUGAUCAAUUUGCUCGUUUACCAAUGUUUUUUAUGACAUUUCAUGGUCAAGAAAGUAUUGAUAAAGUGAUUAAUACAAUGGGAAAUGCAGUUGCAAUUCAUAAUAUUCAACAUGUUAUUAUUGAUAAUCUUCAAUUUAUGAUGGGAAUGGAUUAUUCAAAUAAUGAUCGAUUUUUUAAACAAGAUACAUUAAUUCAUCGUUUUAGAAAAUUUGCAACAAAUAAUAAAUGUCAUGUAACAAUUGUUAUUCAUCCGAGAAAAGAAGAAGAUGAUGGAUUGUCAAUAUCAUCAAUAUUCGGUUCAGCAAAAGCAUCACAAGAAUCUGAUAAUAUUUUAAUUAUACAACAACGAAAAUUAAGUACAGUAAAUGGUGGAAAUAUUAAAUAUUUACAAGUUGCGAAAAAUCGAUUUGAUGGACAACUCGGUCGAUUUAUACUUCGUUUUGAUAAAGAACGUUUAUCAUUCUCUCGUUCAAUUUCUUCAAGAGACGAGUCAAAUAAUGAAUCCGAUGAUUCUGAACAACAACAACAAUCAAUUUCUGUUGAGCAAUAA